AUGUCAGUCAGUAAAAAACGUAAAAUCUCGGAUGAAAGUCGCGUUUUUCAAGAAAAAUGGUCCAAUAACUAUUUUUUUAUUCAAGUUAAAGAAAAGGCAAUAUGUUUGAUUUGUCAAGAAUCGAUUGCAGUGAUGAAAGAGUACAAUUUAAAACGACAUUAUGGUACCAAACAUGCAGCAAAAUAUGAUAUGAUACAAGGACAACUUCGAAUUGACAAAUUUGCAUUGUUAAUGAAAAAUAUACAAGGUCAGUCUUCCGGUUUAAAAAAAUAUCAUAAAGACUCAGAAGCCAGUGUCAAAGCUAGUUAUAUAAUAGCACAAAAAAUUGCCGCUAAAUCGAAGCCGUUCACUGAUGGUGAAUUUAUAAAAGAGUGCAUGGAGGCGGCCUCUGAAAUUUUAUGUCCAGCACAAAAACAACUUUUUUCCAAAUUGAGUUUAUCAGGUGUAACUGUAGCAAGGCGUAUAGAAGAACUAGGAACUGAUAUUGAGAGCACCCUAAAAGAACGAAUUUCUAAAUUUAUUUUUUAUUCGCUGGCCCUUGACGAAAGUAUAGAUUUGUCAGAUACUGCUCAAUUAGCAAUUUUUGUUCGGGGUAUCGAUUCUAAUUUUAAUAUCACUGAAGAAUUAGCCGCGCUUUUUCCAAUGAAAGGCACAACAAAAAGUUGUGAUAUUUUUAAUGCGUUAAUAUCGACACUUAACCGUUUUGGCAUCAAAUUAAAUAACCUUUCUGGAGUUAUAACAGAUGGAGCCCCAUCAAUGGUUGGAAAAAAUGAAGGGCUCGUAGCGCUAAUUAAAAAAGAAAUGAGUACAUGUGGUGCUUUACAACUGAUGCAAUAUCACUGCAUUAUCCACCAAGAAAAUUUAUGUGCAAAAUCUGUCGGUUUUCAAACUAUUAUGAAAGAUGUUGUAAAAAUAGUAAAUUUUAUCAGAUCAAGAGCAUUGAAUCAUAGAGAAUUUAAAAACUUUCUAAGUGAAAUAGAUGCUGAACAAGGAGAUGUAAUCUAUUUUACAGAUGUUCGUUGGCUCAGAAAAAAAUUUGAACAACUUAAUGAUACAGAAUGGAAAAAUGAUUUUGCCUAUCUCACGGAUAUUACAUUGCACUUGAAUGAGUUGAAUUUACGCUUGCAACGUCAAAACCAAUUAAUUCAUAAUUUAUUCGACCAUAUUAAAGCUUUCGAAAAUAAACUUAUGCUGUGGGAAAUCCAGCUAAAAAAAAAUAACACAGCUCACUUCCCAUGUAUGUCAAAAUACAAUGUUACUUCAACAGAAAAAUAUGCAGAAGCAAUUUCUGAUUUAAAACACCAGUUCAAGUUGAGGUUCUCAGAUUUCAAAGCUAAUGAAACAUAUUUUAAUUUGUUUUCAAUUCCAUUUUCAUUACCAGUUGAAGAUGUCCCAGAAAACAUGCAAAUGGAGAUCAUUGAUUUACAAAACAAUAAAACAUAUCCUAAUCUUCGAAACAACGCAUUAAGAAUGAUGUCUCUUUUUGGCAGUACUUAUACUUGUGAACAUAUUUUUUCACGAAUGAAAAUUGUCAAAUCAAAAAAUAGAGCUCGGUUAACUGACAGUCACUUGGAAAGUUCACUCAGAAUUGCCUCGUCGCAGAUCCAACCAAAUAUAAACAAAUUAGUUAGUGAAAAACAGUGUCAGUUAUCACACUAA